UGGUGACGCGGGCAGAACGCUUCCGUGGCGGGGGGGCCGGGACAGCGGCGGGGACACCGCCGGGGCCCGGGAGCAGCUCCUCGGGGCUGGACACCUUCCCUGGAAACAACAGCCCCGGGAUCCCCCGGGACCCCCCGCCCGGCCGGGGCAGCGCUGAGGGGGGUGAAGCCAAUGGACAAGGAAGAGGACAAAGGUCACACCCCCGCAGACAAUGAGAGAAGCACUACAGAGGCAGAGCUGAAGAAAAAGGAAAAAGAAGCCAAGCGUGUUAUCAAAACUAUCCAGUGGACCACAGGCAACAACUUCACAGUGGAGAAAGGGCGGCAGCAGAUUGAAGAGCUCAUUUCUACAUGGGACAUUCAUGAAAGCUGGCUUCACCACUCAGAAUUUCUUGAGGAAGAAGACCUGAAGGACAGCAAGAGGUACCAUUACAGAGCUUGCUGGGGCAUCCCAACACGCAGAAAACCAAUCCCACGAGCAACAGCAAGCGUCUACUUUGUUAUAGUGAUCUCCAAACUCAAACCUGAUACCUCGCCUGUGGAGGUUUUCUUCAGACUGGAGUCCAGCAGGCUGAUUCGCAGGCCAGAAGAGUUUCAGUUUAGAGAAAAGUGGCUUCAGGACAUUAUUGAAAAUAAAAUCAUCCUCAUAGAAAGACUUAGUUCCCAAUGAGCAGCUCCAAUUCACCAUCACCAGUGCUCCAUUGUGGAGAACCAAAUAAACACAAUGAAGAAAGAAA